CUAAAGAAAUGGCCCCUGAGCUGACGUUCAUACAGUAAAAUAGCCAGAGGAGGGCGCUAAAGUAAUCGCCACCACUUCGUCUUACUUCCAUGACACCGCCAAACUCCACAAAACCUUCAACCAUGAGUGACUAUUGGUCCCACCGGCCUGCUGUCCUGCCCCACUGUUCCAACAGGACCCUGUCCCACCCUUCCUUCAUGCCUCUGUACAUGACUGCUAAAGGCAGCUUGUACCCCUUCCAAACAGUUCCUUGCCUCAGCCCACAAGAGGUCUUCUACAAUGAACCCACCCAAUGGGGGAAAAGGAUCCCCAACACUGUGGCAAAUUCGGAGUUGGAGUUGAGUUCAUUUCAGCUCAACACUCCACCGCCGAUUGUGUCCUCGCGUGAAGCUCCAAAGCAAGCAGAUCCAAAGCAGAGAGAGCCGGGUAGCUCCAAUGUCUGUCCGUUAGGUGGUCUAACCCAGGGGGUCAUCCAGCUGAAUGGGGCUGAGAUCCUGGCCAUCACUUGUUCCAUAGAAUUGCACCACAAGGUGGAUGUGGAAUCAACCAGCACUGCGGAGGCUUCAUUGUGGUGCGGGGACACCAGCGGCCUCGGGGAGUAUUCCGGCUCAGCAGCAGGACAUGACGAGGAAAAUGGAAGAUGGUCCGAUGCUGAGCUUGAGGCAGCUCACACCCUCUUGGGAGGCUUUGGUGUGGGAGACGAGGGCACAGGUGUGUUUCAAAGGUGUCCUGAUGGAGGGACAGAAGAACCUCAUAGCUGCAAACCAGAACGGAUGGAGGUCAUGCUGAUAGAUGCAGUGGAGAUCUAUGAGGAGUACCUCAUACCUCUUCCCCUACCUUUUUUACCUAUUUAGGACUUCCCUUAAGUCCUCAUAACAAUUAGUUUGCCCGGGAGGCAUCAGACAAUGGUUCAAUGGUUCAUGUGCACAUUUGACAUCUUCAACUAUUACUUCAUAUUCAUAUUCUAGUUACACUUUUAUUGUGUGUUGUAAACCUGCUAGCAGCACGUUGUCUAUUUACAGAAAUAAUCUUACGCAAGGUGGCUAAUAUGCAGUUUUUUUUCACUUCCGAACAUAACAGGAAGAAUCUUUUUGUUGGAUUUUACAGUUUGUGCUGCUUUUGUUGUUGUGUGUUUGACUUGUUUACAAUGUGGUUGCUAUGACACACACACAAUCACACAUUAAAAGGAUGUUCUCUGUA